AUGGCGAACAAAAGGGGGGCACCCGUUACCUAUGAGGAAGGUGUUGCCAUCAUCCCCCGGCAACACUACUUGUGCCCUCAGGUCCCUGUAAAGGCCCCCCACCGCAAACUCAAACGAGGCGGGGAAUUCCCAGUGCUCCAAUAUCAAAAACAAGUACGGCCAUUCAACCCUGUCGAACGCCUUGUCCUCAUCCAAAAAGAGGAGCAGAGAAGGCGCUCGGAAACCACUCCAUGUACCAAACCAGUUCCACCACCCGUCUUGUAUUUUCAUAUAAUUGGAGACUUGAAUCCGACUUGA